AUUAACUAGAAUAACUUCACCUAUGUCAGUCUCAAGUUUGAGCGAUAUUUUUGCCUCAAAGAAGCUUGAAAAAGCUAUUCGCCAAAACUUUAAGGGUAUGAAUAAGAGACCUCCAUUGUCUCCUUUGCCUCCAAAAGCUCAUGCUUCUCACAUGAAGCAUGAGAAGAAUGAUAAAAUCAGCAAAUUUCAAUAUAUAUUUGAAAAAGACCAAGAAACUCUUCAAAACAUAAGUAACUCAAGGAAUAAAAGAGGUCCCCACAGAACUGUCAAACUAGCUCCUAUUUCAAAGAGUGAGUUAAAGGCAAGAGCUAUCUCAAGAUGCUCAGCAGGCAUUUUGCCAAGUAUUCAGAAGAAACAAAAUCGUUCUCUUUCUAAUGCAUCAGCUAACACCAUUCCAAUACUAUCGAACUUUCAAGAUCUGUUUCAUAUAAAUAAUUGCCCGUUCGAGAUAAAAAGAGAGAACAGAGGGAUUAGAAAUAAGUCAGAAAAUUUAAGGGAGAAACCAAGCUCUGCCCUUCCCAUUCCAAGUUCUCCUCUUCCCAUUCCAAGUUCUCCCCUUCAGACCCCAAGUAAAUAUAAAGAGAAUCUGGUAAACCAGUUUUCCACAAUUAAGAAAUUGAAAAAGAAUUUCUUCAACUUCUCUGAAAGCUCAACUGUCACUCCAGAGAGUACACCUCCCACAUUCUCAAAAGGUUCCAUGAUGUUUUUCAAAAAGCUUAGAGUUGCUCAGAGCAAGAAGACCCAGGACCCAUUCUGAGUAAAGAUGAACAAGGCUAAGAAGGCCAACAAAGUUAUCCAAUUGAAAAAGAGAUUAAUGUCAGACGAAAAUCGCCAAAAAUAUAAUCUUCCAGAUUUGAAUAAAAGUUAGUGAAUUUCUUAAAAUUAUAUUAAGGUUAUUUCAUUCAUCUA